UUUGGAUGAAGACCAGGGAUAUCUCAAAAAGGCAGGGGAGGAUAAAGGCAAGAUAGAUCUGAAGGCGGAGGAUUUGGAAGGAAGCAAGGAAGGUCUCAAAAAGGAGGAGGGUGAAGCUGAUAAGGAAGAUUGUGAUGAAGUCAAAGAAGAGUCCAAAAAGGAGGAUGUGGAUGAAGGCGGUGAAGCAGCAGAGGAAAGUCCGACACUGGCCUUGGCUAUGCUUGAGAAAAAGUCAGAGCAAAUCCUGGAGACUUCUAAAGAGAAGGCAAAGUGGAUUAUCAAAGAUGUGCCACUUCUUCUUAAAAAGUGUAUCGAGCUGGACUACCAAAUUGCCGAAAGAGCAAGAAAUAAGUCUGAUUAUAGAGACAGCGAUCCAGUGCCCCUUGAGAGAAGAGACAGGGACCAGCACAAAAGGAGGCAGAGCAGCGACACCUGUGAUAGCAGCGAUAAAAGGAGAGAUCAUACCACUCAAGGCCAUGAU